CGCCGGAGUGUUCUAAAACUGCAAAAUGAAGCUUCGAUAUACUUUCUUAGUUUUUUUUUUGGUGAUCGUCAUGUGCAUUAGUACAUUUUUCAUAAUGAAGCCAGAGAAUAUAGACACGUUGACUUGCGUGAGCUGCAAUAAUUUAAGUUAUGUAUCAGAAGGUCACAAAACUAUUCUAUAUUGGAAUAGUUUUUUUUCAGAUCGAAACUUUAACAUGGGUGAGGGCUUCAUAGCGGAACAUUGCCCAUUGUACAACAACUGUUACGCUAUGAACUGGCGAUAUGCUCAAAGUCAUGAAAAGUUCGAUGCUAUUUUGUUCCAUGGAAUCAAUCAUCAACUCAACGACAAGGACUUACCAAAAAAACGUAGCUCCGAACAAAAAUAUAUCUUCAUGACUUUGGAGAGCCCAGCCAAUCGAUGGAUAAGCUCGAAAUUUAAUGACUAUUUCAACGCAACUAUGACCUACAAACUCGAUAGCGACAUCACCUGGACUUACGCUGAUAUCGUGGACAAGACUCAGCGAGUAAUCGUACCUGCAGCACGCGAGAAUAUUCAUUGGAAGUCAACAACCGAGAUGGAGGCCGCUACUGCUGCAACAAGCUUGGACGCCGAGGCCGAGAGCCGCUUGGAUGCCUUGAUGAAUGGCAAGAGAAAGUUAGCUGUUUGGUAUAGGAGUAAUUGUAUUACACCCAGUGCGCGAGAAAAGUAUGUGGAGGAACUCGAGCGUUACGCGAAUGUAGAUAAAUUUGGUUCUUGUUCGUCAAACAAAGGUUGCCCACGAGGUCAAGACUGUUUUAAAACUCAGAUAGAACCCGAGUAUUUCUUUUAUUUAUCCUUUGAAAACUCUCUGUGCGUCGACUAUGUCACUGAAAAAUUUUUCGAUGCACUCAAACAUUAUGUAGUACCUGUUGUUUAUGGUGGAGCUAACUACAGUCAAUUUGCACCACCAAAAUCAUACAUCAAUGCACUUGAUUUUAACUCACCGAAGGAUUUAGGACAAUAUUUACUUACAUUAUCUCAGAAUAAGACUGAAUAUAAAAAGUAUUUCGCAUGGAAAAAAUUUUACCGUGUUGAAUCUCCGAUUAAACGAGUAAUAUGUGAUUUAUGUAAGUUUGUAAAUGAAAAAACAAGAAGGUCUUAUGAUAUUUCAGAGUGGUUUAGCAUCAAUAGUUGUCCAAUUCAACGAAAAUUGAAAAACCAAUAUGUUAAAAAUCAAAUCAGUUACGCGACGAAGAAAACAAUUGAUGAAAAAUCGUAAAUGGUGCUUCGUAUCCUAAAAUAAAUU